AAAAAUGUCGGACUUUGGUAAUCCGUUGAAGAAAUUCAAGCUUGUGUUCCUCGGGGAACAAAGUGUCGGAAAAACCUCCCUAAUCACUCGCUUCAUGUACGACUCCUUCGACAACACCUACCAGGCCACCAUCGGAAUCGACUUCCUGAGUAAGACCAUGUACUUGGAGGACCGAACCGUUCGUCUUCAACUUUGGGACACCGCUGGACAGGAACGUUUCCGCUCACUCAUCCCAUCCUACAUCCGUGAUUCUACAGUUGCUGUUGUGGUUUAUGACAUCACCAACUCCAACUCUUUCCAUCAAACUUCCAAGUGGAUUGACGACGUCCGUACUGAGCGUGGAAGUGAUGUAAUCAUCAUGUUGGUCGGCAACAAGACCGAUCUUUCCGAUAAGAGGCAAGUCACCACCGACGAAGGAGAGAGAAAGGCCAAGGAGCUUAAUGUGAUGUUCAUCGAGACUUCUGCCAAGGCCGGCUACAAUGUGAAGCAGCUUUUCCGUCGUAUCGCCGGAGCCCUACCAGGAAUCAUCAAGGACGACCCAGUGGAGCCACCAAAUGUGGUCACGAUGGACCCAAUCCGUCAGCGUCAAAUUGUCACCGACGAGGGAUCGUGCUGGUGCUAAUCUCUUUGUAUUCCUGAGCAAAAUGUCAAAAAAAGGUUGUGAUACUCCAAUCUCAACGCAUAAUUUAUUUAAAGCAUCCUCCGCCCCCGUAAUGGUUUUGUCAUGAAGAAAUAUUAAUUAUCCCCCUUAAAAGCGCUAUCGCCAGUAAGUUUUGAUAUCUUAAAAUUCCCCAAAAACAUUAUCGAUUUUUUCUGUGUGAAUGAACUCUGAAUGGCUUCUUCUCUAUUAACUUAUGCGAUGGUAAACAUGUGUAAUUUUCUUUGUAACAUAAUAAAUUAUUAUUAUUUUAAA